UGAGAAAUUUAUACCGUUGGAGACGAAUUAAUGCAGACUAACGUCUUUGGUUGGGGUGAGUUCAAACAAGAUAUUCAAGGGCUGUUGAAUUAAUCUUUAAGUUUAAUAACACAUUUUAAAGAUAACCAAAUAAGUCAGUCUACAGUUACGCUUGAAGCUCUGUGAGGCAGAGCUAAAAGAGACAGGUGGUUCGGGAUAAAUGCUAACAGCAGGAUGCUAACAUCAGGAUGCUACAAUGGCAAUGCUAACUUAUAGACGUUAAGCAGAACCACCUGCUCCAGUCAGUUUAACCCGCUGGCCGAGCCUUCCUCCCAGAUCCCACUGUGGCCCAUUGAGUGUCCUGCCAUUUCCUUUCAAAACAGGAGGAUGUGAUGCGAGGAUGUGAGUGCUUCGGUCAGGUCCCUGCACAGGGGGAAGAUGAAGCACUCGAGUUUGCUGGAAUCUGUUUCCCAGCAGCGGCCCGAGCUUUAAGAUGGAUCGAGGGGAUUUGCAUGGGGUGGGGUGGAGAGAGUAAGAGAUGUAAGGGAGAACAGGAGACUCGGAGAGAGAGAGAUGUUACUGCUGCUACAGCAAAUGAGGGCUGUAGAGAGGGGAGGAGGGAGAGAGGGAGGAGAGAAGAGGGCUGAUAGUCACACAGAUCAGAAAACAACAGUCCCGUCCUGAGCCCAGAAGACAGACACUGCUGUCUACUCACACUUAGAGUGAGAGGGGGAGAAGGGAGGAUUGACUUUCACCUGCUGAAGGAGCCGCAAAUCAAGCCUCGCCUCCCUUCUUCUUUUGCUCUUCCCUUCAACCCAGCCUGCGUGGAGCCGCAGAGGACUGUCAGCCUGCGCAGACGAAGAUCAGAGUGCUGGCAGAGCAACUGUGCCUACAGCUCUGCUACCUGCUCCACCACCCUGUAUUACUCUCCCUCACACAAUCACACCAAAAUGCUCUCGCGGGCACACAUUCAGAGAACUUUCUCUUGCGUGCACACACUUACUCGCUGACAAGCACACAGCCAGGCAGGCGGGCACACCCCCUCCCAUUAUCUGUGCGGGGAGCAGUUCAGUUCAUAUUGGUGUGAGCGGCGAGGGGCUGUAUUUAGCUCCUCAGCGGCAGUGGCAGCAGCAGUAGCAGUAGCAGCAGGACGGGUCUAGAGGAGAGAGCAGUCAUCACCAGAGAUCACACACCAGCUUCUGCAACUGAAGCGUGUGCCAGUGGGACAGCCAUGGAGGACACCCUCACCUGCAGCCAUGCCACCUUCUCCCAGGUGUUUGGACGCCAGGGACAGCUCAUGCAAGCGACGGUCCAGUCUCUCAACAACCUGAACGACCAGAUUGCUCAGUUUAUUGUGACCAGGCCUUGCAGCCUGACCGAUGAGGACGAAGCCUUCAUCCCCGGAGAGAGGGACACCUUGAGAAAGUCCAUGACUCUGAUGAGACACCUCCUUGUGGAUGCUCAGGGGAAAAUCCUUAAAAUGAUGGAAGACAACAAACAGCUGGCACAGAGGAUCGAUGGGGCCAUCCAGUCUGCCAGUCAGGAAGUGACCAACCUCCGCUCCGAGCUCUCUGCCACCAGCCGCAGACUGGCAGAGCUGGGUGCCAGCAGCCCCCCUGCCUUGGAGAACCACCACCAGCACAACCACCACGAUGACAGCCUCCACUACCGGGAUCCAUCGGUGCAUCACAGACAGAAGGCGGUGGUGACAGACAUGUGCUACCCAACAGAGAUAUCCAGCCUGAUGGACUUUGGCACUCCAGAUUGCUCGCUAGGCAAAGUGUUGUUGCGUGAGGAGGUGGCCCAGCUUCAAGAGGAGGUCCACCUGCUCAGGCAAAUGAAGGACAUGUUGAGUAAGGACCUGGAGGAGACCCAGGAAGGCUGCUCCGCCAAUCUUCUCUCGGCCACUGAGCUCCGCGUGCAGCUGGGCGACAAGGAGCAGGAGCUGGACCGUGCCAAGGAGGCCUUACAAGCUAUGAAAGCUGACCGUAAACGUCUAAAAGUGGAGAAAGCAGACCUGGUGAGUCAGAUGCAGCAGCUGUACACGACACUGGAGAGCAGAGAAGAGCAGCUGCGAGAAUUCAUACGCAACUACGACCAACACCGAAAGGAAAGUGAGGAUGCAGUGAAAGCUCUGGCAAAGGAGAAGGACAUGCUGGAGAGGGAGAAGUGGGACCUGAGGAGGCAGACCAAAGAAGCCACAGAACAGGCCAACGUCCUGCGCUCUCAGAUGGACAUGAAGGAGAACCGUGUCAAAGAACUGGAGGCCGAGCUCACCAUGGCGAAGCAGUCUCUAGCCACCCUGACAAAAGACGUACCUAAGCGCCACUCAUUGGCCAUGCCUACGGAGCCCGUGGUGAACGGGAGUCAGGAGUGGGUGAUGCAGGCUGACCUGCCGCUCACUGCCGCCAUCCGUCAGAGCCAACAGACCCUCUACCACGGACACACCACGGACAGACAGGCUGUGGUCAGGAUCAGCCCCUGCCACUCUCGCCAGCCCUCCGUCAUCUCGGACGCCUCGGCAGCCGACGGGGACCGCUCGUCCACGCCCAGCGACAUCAACUCACCUCGUCACCGGACGCACUCCCUCUGCAAUUCCAUGGAGGACCUGGAGGACCAGAAGCGUAAGAAGAAGAAGGAGAAGAUGACUCUGGGAUCCCUGUCGCGGGUGUUCGCUCGGGGCAAGCAGCGCAAGUCACUGGACCCCGGCCUGUUUGAUGACUCUGACAGCCUCACACAGCAGAGCCUGUCUGAUGGAGAGGAGCAGCUGGACCGCCUCCAGCAGGCGGAGCUCACUCGAAACACAUGCAUGUCGCUGUGGAGGGCGGGUGCAGUCCAGGCCUGGCUGGAGGUUGUCAUGGGAAUGUCCAUGUACAAGGGAGCCUGCUCUGAAAACGUCAAGAGUGGCAAGGUGCUGCUCGGCCUGACAGAUGAGGACUUAGAGUUAGGUCUGGGUAUCAGUAACCCCAUUCAUCGAAGGAAGCUAAGACUGGCCAUCGAGGAUUACAGGAGAGCUGAAGGGGACCAAGGACUAUCGAAAGCCUCUGAGAUGGACCAUCACUGGGUGUCAACGUCCUGGCUGAGUGACGUGGGUUUGCCCCAAUACUCGCAGAGCUUCCAGACUCAUCUGGUGGACGGGCGAGUGCUGAACUCUCUGAGCCGCCGAGACCUGGAGAGAUUCCUCAACAUCAGCGACCAGUACCACCAGACCAGUCUGCUCUUGGCGAUCCAGCUCCUGCAGAUCCUCAGUUUCGACAAAGAGGCCCUGCAGGCACGGCGGGUCAAAUGUGAGCACCAAGACCGGGACCCCAUUGUUUGGACAUGUCACAGAGUAAUGAAGUGGAUCAGAGACAUAGACCUCAAGGAGUAUGCAGACAAUCUUCAGGGUAAAGGGAUUCAUGGCGCUCUGAUGGCUCUGGAUCCGUCCUUUGACACAGACGCCAUGGCCAAAGCCCUGGGGAUCCCCAGCAGCAAGCACAUGCUGCAUCGGCACCUGUACGAAGAGAUGAAAUCACUCGCCGUCCCUCACAGCAGUCCAGAGCAGGUUGGUGAGGUCGUCGGUUCCUCUUCACCUGUGGCUGUUAACCGCUUCACUGAGGAGCGAGUGUCUAUGAGAAGACCAAUCAAGAGUCCGCUGAGGUUACGUGCGAACAGCCACUCUGCAGAACGAGGUCUGGGCUUCCACGGCAGCUGCGGCUCUCUGCCCAGAGAGGCCCGGGUUCAGGCCAUUCCUCGGGCCAAAGGCAGCCCGAUGCACACCUUCAAGAGUGUUGAAAUCACCAACGUCUGAACCGGCCUCAGCCAUCCACAUCGCUCAUAUCGUUUACAUUGUUAUUGUUCAAUAGCUGUUUACUACUGAGAGUGACCUGCACUCAGAUUCUCUGGACUUUUAAGAGGACGCUGUCUUAAAGGGGCCGUUCCACUUGAUUUAAUGAGUCAUACAUGUUAUUAUUUUGGCAAAUAUAAGAAUAACAAAUACUGAGACCUGAUGGGAGAUGACUGUUUUAGACAGAGUGAAUAUUGUUUUCGUUUUUUUUUCCAAAUAAGUUUUAUAUUAUUAGUUUAUAGAAGGCUUAAAAUAACUGAACACAAUGUUGCUCUCCUCUGAUGCCUUAUAUGAAAUUGGUCUCACAGCACUGUUGUUUACUGCUUUUCUCUCUCUCCAGUUUCUAAUGAAAAUGUAUGUUAUUGAAUAAUUCAGCUUGAAGUAAAGGAAAAAAAAGUCAUGAUAACUUCCACUGUAGAGACAACGCCUGUGACCUGUGACACGUCAGCAGCCCUACAUACAGGAGCGCGAUGUUGUUUCCAGCUCAGAUCAGUUCCUCCACCUCCUCCGACCCUUCCUCUCCUUUGUCAUCAUAAUUAUUUUCUUACUAUAAAAAGUGGUAAGCUCUAGUUUAAAACUACAUUUAAAGACAUUAGGAGAUCUGGUGGAGCUAAAUUUGUCACCAAAAUUGCCAAGAGGUACAGUUUUUAUGAAACUUGUAGCACGUCAGACAUUCAGACAAUCGUUGACAUGAAUUCUGUACUUUUGAAAAUUGAUAAAAUCCUCUUCUUAUUAGUGUUACGUAGUAUUUUCUUAGCUAUACACUUAAAGGUCAAAUGUAUACGAAAUGGCAGGAAUUUCAGUUAAAACAUUUUAGAAAAUCAGAUGAAAUUAUCAAAAUGUAAAGAAACAUGACUUUUUAGUCAAACAAACACACUGGGCUCACACAUUUUUAAUUCACCUAUUUUCCAUGUUGAACAGAAAAAUACCUUCUGAAUUCAGGCCGAUUCUUGCACAUUCCACCUUUAAGUUGUUUUCUUCUGACUGUCACUGUUGCUGAAACUUUUAUCAACAAAUAACAAGUAAAUAUGUAGAUAAAGAUGCAGUUGAAUGUUGAGUUUUGAAAGAAAAAAAACAAACUAUUAAAGCCACUGGCCUCUACUGUUUAUACAGUCUAAGCACUGAAGAAAAGGCAAUACUGUUACUGAUAACCUGAGCUGAGUGGAGAUAGUGUCAUGACAUAUUUUGUACAGUUUAAUUGUGUUUUGUAACACAGCUGUGUGAGCAAGUUGCCGUUCUUGAGCAUGAAAACACAUAUUUUGAAAUGUCACACUGUGCAGUUGAAAGCUUGAGGUUAAUCUAAUAGUAGAAAACUGGUUUGUCUGCCACAUUCUGGGCGUCUCCUCCUCGUCACUGAGAGACAAGUGGUCUGAGCGGGAAGAUUAGACCAGUUCAAACCCGCAGAGAAACAGAAAGGGAAGGACAGGAACUGUGUUUGUCUGGUGAUUUGACUCUUUUUUUUUUUUUUGUCCAGCUGUCGGAGCUUCUCAUGUACACCAUUGUGAAGUAUUGACAACAGCUGUGUGCAUUAUAGGCCUGUUACUGUUGGUUUUUCAAAACAAAUGUAUUAAAAUCUCUGUUCACACACUGA